AUGCACAUUUUAUCACUCAAUGAGGAUCAACUCAAAAACCUGACUUUGUUCGAGAUCGAACAAAUUUUACUUCGUAACAACACGAGUCUUAAACAUUAUAAACAAAUGCCUUACCCUGAUUCCGACACAGUUUCUUCUUCAACAAAUCGACUUAUCAUGGAGGAGCUGGAGUAUGACAUAACGCUUUUAAAUAAAGAGUUUGAUAAUAUGUUUCAUGCAUUAACAAACGAGCAACGCAAUAUUUUUCUUGAUAUCAUGACUACAGUCAAUGAUAAUAAAGGAGGUGUGUUUUUUGUUUAUGGAUAUGGUGGAACAGGCAAAACCUUUCUUUGGAAGACGUUAUCUGAAACAAUUAGAUGUAAUGGUGAUAUAGUUUUAAAUGUUGCUUCAAGUGGUAUUGCAUCUUUAUUAUUGCCUGGAGGUAGGACAGCACACUCUCGGUUUAUAAUUACGUUGAAUCUUACCGAGUAUUCUGUUUGUAAGAUACCGCCUGAUAGUGAACUCGGCAGAUUAGUAAGAAAAAGCUCAUUGAUUAUUUGGGAUGAAGCACCUAUGGUCCACAAACAUGCAUUUGAAGCUUUAGAUCGAGCUCUGAGAGAUGUAUGUAAGUUUGAUAAGUCUACCAACUCAUAUAUUCCAUUUGGUGGGAAAGCGAUUGUUUUUGGAGGAGACUUCAGGCAGAUUCUACCUGUUGUUCAAGGAGGUAGCAGACAAAAUAUCGUUAAUGCUUCUUUAAGCUCUUCAUAUAUAUGGCAACAAUGCAAAGUCCAUAGAUUAACAAAAAACAUGAGACUAACCGUUGGAAAGGAUCCAUCUGAUAUUCGAAAAAUACAAAAUUUUGCAAACUGGCUUUUGGACAUAGGAGAAGGAAAAGUUGGUGGUUUGAACGUUGGUGAAACGAUUAUUGAUGUUCCGGAUGAUAUUCUCAUUAGUGAUCCACAUGAUCCUAUAGGUUCAUUAAUUGAGUUUGUAUAUCCUUCAAUCUUGGAAAACUUCAACGGUACGAGUUAUUUUCAAGAAAGAGCUAUACUAGCUCCAAAAAAUGAAGUUGUCCAACAAAUCAAUGAUCGUUUGUUAGCAUUGUUUCCCGGAGAAGAAGUAGAAUAUUUAAGUUCAGAUAUUCUUUGCCAAUCCGAGUUUGUUCAUGAUCAGUUUGAUCCCAAUUUAUACUCCCCUGAUAUUUUAAAUGGUCUUAAGGUAUCAGGUUUGCCAAAUCACAAGUUAAUUCUAAAAGUUGGUGUUCCAGUUAUGUUACUAAGAAACAUUGAUCAGAAAAAUGGAUUAUGUAACGGCACUAGACUACAAGUGAAAUCUCUUGGCAAACGUGUUAUUGAGGCAAUUAUAAUAUCUGGAACUAAUAUCGGAAAGCAAACAUUUAUUCCAAGAAUGUCUUUAAGUCCAUCUGGAAAAAAAAUUCCUUUCAAAUUUCAAAUAAGACAAUUUCCAUUGGCUGUAUGUUUUGCAAUGACAAUUAAUAAAAGUCAGGGGCAGUCGUUAUCAAAGGUUGGUCUGUAUCUCAAGGAUCCUGUUUUUUCACAUGGACAACUGUAUGUUGCCUUAUCUAGAGUUCAAAGUAGAGAAGGACUGAAAUUGUUAAUUUUAGAUAAGGAUGGUAGGCUUACAAACAAAACUUCAAAUGUUGUGUAUAAGGAAGUUUUUAGGAAUUUAUAA